GCUUCUGCUUCGAGUUUUCGCUUUCUCGCCUCGUCGUCAGCGGCGGCGGCGGCGGCCUCCCCUCCCCCCCACAAGGGGAGGAACAUGGGCCGAAGCAGGAGCCGUUCCCCUCGGAGGGAGCGUAGGCGAUCCCGUUCUACAUCCAGAGAGAGGGAGAGAAGGCGUCGAGAACGGUCCCGAUCCAGAGAGAGAGAUAGGAGGAGGAGUCGUUCUCGAUCUCCACAUAGGAGAAGGUCCAGAUCCCCAAGAAGGCACCGAUCUUCCUCUCCUUCCCCUUCCCGGCUGAAAGAAAGGAGAGAUGAUGAGAAGAAAGAAACUAAAGAAACAAAAAGCAAAGAACGGCAAAUUACUGAAGAAGACUUGGAAGGCAAAACAGAAGAAGAAAUUGAAAUGAUGAAAUUAAUGGGAUUUGCUUCCUUUGACACUACAAAAGGGAAAAAAGUUGAUGGCUCUGUAAAUGCAUAUGCCAUAAAUGUGUCUCAGAAGAGGAAGUACAGGCAAUAUAUGAAUAGAAAAGGUGGAUUCAACAGACCUUUGGAUUUUAUUGCUUGAUGUCUAGAUUGUACUGUUGAAGAGUGAUUUCUCCACCACUUGGUCACAGCAGAGGAUAGUGUAUUUAAUUGUGUAUCAAAAACAGGAUGUCUCUUCUCUCUUCCUGAAGAGCAAGAUAAUCUUAUUUAUGAAGUAUCUCGGAAUGCUCGCCCUGCCUCAAAGGAAGAAAGAUUUACUUCUUUCUUUUAGAAAAAUCUCAUUUUGGGAAUUUUUCAAACUCAUUUCAAUUAUUUCUAUUCCUGUGGAAGUAAUUUGCUUCAUGGACACCUUUCCCCAUCCCCUGGACCUCUUUUUAAUGAUCUGUUGUUGGAUUCAAGUUGUCCCAAAUAAAGUAUUUCUUUUUAUGGUU